GAGAUAACCACACAAACAUAAAACCAAUCUCUCACUCACUCGCUCGCUCAGACACAUAACCAAAUGGCUAAAACUCCAGAAACAGAGCAUCCGAACAAAGCCUUUGGUUGGGCUGCCAGAGAUAAAACUGGCCUUCUCUCCCCUUUCCAUUUCUCCAGAAGAGACAAUGGAGAAAAUGAUGUGACAGUGAAGAUCUUGUACUGUGGAGUGUGCCACAGUGAUUUACAUACCAUCAAAAACGACUGGGGUUUCUCCUAUUAUCCUGUCGUUCCAGGGCAUGAAAUAGUUGGAAUAGCUACAAAAGUUGGCAAAAACGUGACAAAAUUCAGAGAAGGAGACCGUGUAGGAGUAGGAGUCAUCACCGGUUCUUGCCAGUCUUGCGAAUCUUGUGACCAAGAUCUUGAAAACUACUGUCCCCAAAUGUCUUUCACCUACAACUCCAUUGGAGCAGAUGGAACCAAGACAUACGGUGGAUAUUCAGAGUCCAUCGUGGUCGAUCAACGUUUUGUUUUGCUGUUUCCAGAGGGCUUACCAAGCGACUCAGGUGCUCCCUUGCUGUGUGCUGGUAUCACUGUCUAUAGUCCAAUGAAGUAUUAUGGUAUGACCGAGCCAGGGAAGCAUUUGGGUGUUGCUGGACUUGGUGGGCUUGGUCAUGUUGCUGUUAAGAUUGGUAAAGCCUUUGGUUUGAAAGUUACUGUGAUUAGUUCUUCUCCUAGUAAAGAAGAUGAAGCUAUUAAUAGACUUGGUGCUGAUUCGUUUCUUGUCUCAUCUGAUUCACAGAAAAUGAAGGCUGCAGUUGCAACUAUGGACUAUAUUAUCGACACAGUUUCAGCAGUACAUGCUUUGUUUCCAUUGCUCGGUUUACUCAAAGUCAAUGGAAAACUCGUCACUUUAGGCUUACCUGAGAAGCCUCUUGAGCUACCAAUCUUCCCUCUUGUUCUCGGAAGGAAAAUGGUGGGAGGAAGUGACAUUGGAGGGAUGAAGGAGACACAAGAGAUGCUCGACUUCUGCGCUAAGCAUAACAUAACUGCAGAUAUUGAGUUAAUUAAGAUGGAUGAGAUUAACACUGCAAUGGAGAGGCUUGCUAAGUCUGAUGUUAGGUACAGGUUCGUGAUCGACGUGGCUAACUCCUUGAGCCCUCCUCCAUGACUUAGUCGAAUCUAAGAGUUGACCCUUGAGAAGCUUGUAUCUUGUUGUUAUGUUGUUUCAGUUUCUACUUUUAUGUUUAACGAACUGUUUUCUUGUGGAACAAGUCACCUAAUCAUCAGAGAACUUUACUCUAUGUUUUAUUUUCAUGGUCUGGAUUAUAUUAAGAUAAUAAUAAAAUCUUUCUGAUUAGAG